AUUAAAAAAAAAUGUCUAUAGAUCUUCCUUAUCAUGUCACCAAAAGACUGUCACCAAAUGCCCGUACAAAUCUAAAAGGCGGUUUUAGCUGCCAUGCACAAAUUCAAGACUUUCAGAUCUUGAAAUGCGGUGAUAGUCUAGAUCAAAACUUCAAACCAAAAUUAAUCACACCUACUCCAGGCAAUCGCAAAACACACAUUUCCAAAUUGAAGUACGGGCAUCCAUUCCUUCACGCCGCAGCCUGAAGCUGGGCUUUGACUUUUAAUUCUUGGCUUAAAAUCCGAGAUUGGUCUUCAUAAUCAUUGUAUAAAUAUUUUUUAAAACAUAAAAAUGACUGAUCGAGAUAUAAGUGAUAUUUGCAAAAGAGUAUCUGAACUGACGGUUCUUUCGUUCAGAAAACUAGACGAUGUUAAAAAAUUGGCGAGGCACUUUCAAAAGCUCCUCAACGAUCCAUCGAUACAGAACCAGACUAGAAUUAUGAGCUAUUUAAAAAGUAUGGAUCAAAUGAAUAAAAAUAUUUUCCUGCAAAAACGCGACGGCGUCGAGGUCGAAUACAUCCUAUCGACAGAAAAGAAGAGUAGCCUCCAACGCCAGCGCUUCAACAGUCUUCCAAUAAGCGAGGUACCUGAGCUGAUCAAAACUGAGUUUCUAGCCGCCGAAAACGCCAAGCAAGUUCACAUCUGCACCGACUGCGACGUCGAGAUAGAGUUGAAUGACGACGUGCCCCUCAUGGAGUCCCUUCAGAAACAUUUCAAUUUGGAAGUGCAUCAGCCCAAGCUCAAACGCGAAAGUAUAGAUGUCGCCGAACCUAUCGUUUUGCCGAAAAUGUCCAGGCGACUCUCCGCCGCCAUGGCCAGCGGUGAAAACACCGGACAGUACGAUCAGCAAGGUUUCGAGCAGAUCAUAAAUAUUAUUAGAAAUAUCGAGUGCUUGGAUAAAAAGUUUUUAGCCAAACUAGAGGCGUCGCUGGUCAGGAACUUGCCGGAUAAUUCGGAGGCGAAUAUCGAUGCCGCCGUUAAGUUUUAUCAAAAAUCGUACGAUCAGCUUUGCCAAGAAAUAACGUCCAUCGAUUUCACGACACAGACGCAAUCCGUGGCUCCUAUAAUUAUGAGUAUUAAAGACAAUGUAAACCAAAACUUCGCGACGGACGCUAAUAAAAAUUUCGAGAACGACGACAAUGAACAGACGCCGGAAAAGCCGGCUAAGAAUCAAAUAAAAAAAUAUAGAUACUACGGGCCCAUCGAGAGUGUUAUUCUGAAUUUUCUAGGCACUCAUAAAAUAAUAUCACUCGUCGAUGAUCGCACGAGAAAACUCGCAUUCUUUUGCAUGGUAUGCGAAUAUUAUACCUUAAGAUUUCGUUACGACAGUGUUUUAAAUCAUGUAUUUAGUGAAACUCAUAUACACAACCUCUCGUGCGUCCUGCAAGCCGACAAGAAUAUUCCGUUCGCCGGCAGCGCAUGCACCGUUGAGAAAAUCAAAGAAAUCAAUGACAAUUUUUUGAUUAUUAACAAUGGAGUAAAUCCUGACAAUGGGUACAGCUGUAACCUUUGCAAGACGCAGAUCGAUUCGAAGGACGUGCUCGUCAUGCACCUCUUAGAUGAAAAUCAUCUCGGACGUUUGUCCGAUAGAAUGUAUAGAAAAAUGAAGGCGACUAAUCCGGACGGUCAAAUUCCAGAAGAAUGGGGACCAAGAACUCUCGACUGGACUAAGUACUUAGGUAGCGUCGGCAAGCCUAAUAAUAAUAGAGAUCACGUCAUCAUGGAAAACUUCAUCAAAGCCUCCGGAAAGAUCGUCAACUACUGCUCGUGCUGCGACAUGACGCUAAAAGGUCCGAGGCAGGUGCUCUUCAAUCAUAUCCGUCAAAAGAAACAUUUGAGAAACGCAGCGCCGCACAAGCUGUCCCUGCUCUACAAGAACUACUGCCGCCCGGCCGAGUACUUCGCCAGCUUCGGGAACUACUACGUGUGCGCCCUGUGCCCCACGCACAUCGCUCUGCCCUCGUUCGGGGCGAUCAUCGAGCAUUUCGAAAGCGAUCUGCACAUCGAGACCAUCGCCAAGCUGAUCACGUCCGCCCUACACCCCGAACCCGAUCGCAAACUGAUGAAUUUGAACAGAAUCAUCGUAUCCGAUGUGAUGAAAUGCGAAAUAUGCGACGUGACUUUCAAAGAUAUGGUCGAAACUGUGAUGCACGUGCUGUCGAGCACGAAACACCAGAACGCGAUAGUAGACCUGAGGACGCGGGAGAACAAGGGCGACGUGAUCAGCAUCUACAUGCGCGGCAACUACAUACUGAACAGCGAGGGCGCCACCUUCACCUGCGUGACCUGCAAGGGCGCCUUCAAUUCCAUAAGGUCGCUGUUGAUGCACCUGAUGUUUUCGGAGCAUUUCGCCACGAAGCCGCUAGCGGAGGACGUCUUCCGGUUUUACUUGGAGCUGAAGCACAAUAUAAACAUGUUGUCCCGCAACAAGUAUGUCUACUACGACUUCGGGAAGCUGAAGUGUGGUGUGUGCGACAUGGACGUGGAGGAGGGGGAGAACGCCAAGCGCCACGUGGUGUCCCCGACUCACAGGGAGAACAUGGGGGCCAGUUAUGUGAUCAAUUUGGACACGUCCGCAGCUGAAUGAGAGAAAGGAGUCAGCACCACACGGCAAUUUUUCCGGCUGCUUUAAUCAAGUUCUGUUCUAUUAUGGAGGGUGGCUGGUGUUAUACAAUGAAUUAAAUUUUAAUAAAAUGAAAUAAUUUUAUAAUUUUAA